GAUAGAGCAGGGAUGAGACACACAAACUGGUGACAGGGACAGUACUGGGAUAGAGCAGGGAUGAGACACACAGACUGGGGACAGGGACAGUGCAGGGUUAGGCAAUACGCUGACAGGGCCGCUGAAUUUCUUCUCGCGAUUUUUCCUCCCCUCCCCCUUCGUGCUCCAUCUCUUCUGUUAUUCUCCGCUCAUGGCUGCUCUCCGCCGGCUCCUCCGGGCUAUCGGUGCCCAGCAACAGCAGCUAUGGCCCGCAUCACCCACACGCCUCAUAGCCCUGCGGCCCACUGGGCCCUCUCCCCCGGCCAGCUCCUCGUCCUCCGUGCUGCUGCUGGUGUCCGGGGCGGCCGGGGCAGGGCUGGCGCUGGCUUGUUAUGCAGCCUAUCGUAACGGCAGCCUUAAGCACAGGGGAGAGCACCAGUAUCGCGAUACGGAGCCGCAAUUCAGCGGUGUCACGGAGACGGCGAGGGGGUCGCAGGGCCGGAGGGGAGCGAGCAUCCUGGUGCCUGUCAGUGCUGCCAAGGAGACGAGCUCAGCAGAUAGGCCAGAAUUGGAGGACUUGGACAUGUUCGCGAGUUCUCGGGAGCAGCGCUUUCGUUCAUUUGCAUCCUUACAAUUUGAUGGACAGCUGUACAUGACCCCAAGAGACUUCCUAGAGUCCGUCACAACAGAUGAGCCCAGGAGUUCUAGGAAGUGGAAAGCACUAUCAAGACAGGACUUGAAUCAGAUUCUCUUAGACACACCUCCAGUAUGGAAGGGGUCAUCCAGACUUUUUAGAACUCUUGGAGAUAAAGGCAUGAUUUCCUACACUGAGUACCUCUUCCUGCUCUGCAUAUUAACAAAACCUCAUGCAGGCUUCAAGAUUGCAUUUAAUAUGUUUGACACAGAUGGGAAUCAAAUGGUGGACAGAGAGGAGUUUUUGGUGUUGCAAGAAAUAUUCAGGAAGAAAAAUGAAAAGAAGGAGCAGAAAGGAAAUGAGGAGAAAUGCGCACAACUGCGUCUACAACUUUAUGGAUACCUUGCAACAACUAACGGUGUACUUAAAACAGAUGCACAAGAGCAUGUCUCCAGGAGCUAUUGGGAUACACUGAGGCGUAGCACGAGCCAAGCCCUCUUUUCGGACCUUGCAGAGGGUGUUGAUGAGCUUACCAGAUCAAUGAUACAUACUACGUUACUUGUGCACUUCUUUGGGAAGAAAGGGAAAAUUGAGCUCAACUUUGAAGAUUUUUAUAGGUUCAUGGAUAACCUCCAGACCGAGGUGCUAGAGAUUGAGUUCCUUUCCUAUUCUAAAGGCAUGAACACCAUCAGCGAGGAAGACUUUGCCCACAUUCUCCUACGCUACACAAACGUGGAGAACACUUCCAGCUGCCUGGAGAGCGUGCGGCAACGGAUUGCUGAAGAGAAGGGAAUCUCGUUUGAUGAAUUUAGGUCUUUCUUCCAGUUUCUGAACAACCUAGAAGAUUUUGCCAUUGCAAUGCAAAUGUACAAUUUUGCCAAUCGAUCUAUUGGUCAAGAUGAGUUCAAGCGUGCUGUAUAUGUAGCUACAGGCCUGAAGUUGUCUCCGCAUUUGGUGAACACCGUGUUCAAGAUCUUUGAUGUUGACAGAGAUGAUCAAUUAAGCUAUAAAGAAUUUAUUGGCAUUAUGAAAGACCGUCUGCAUCGCGGGUUCAGGGACAAACCAAAGCAUGGCCUGACGGACUACUAUACGUGUGUGACAUCUGUCACAAGAAAACACUUCAGAGAGUUAUUCCGGAGCUUCCGGAGCAGAGACAUGUUACGAUAAAAUGCAGCUGUCACAAUAUUUAUUCAUUUAUUUGUGUGGCAGACACGACCACAAACUCACAAUAUAGCACCUCCAUUAUUGUAAUGUUACGGUAUUUAUUUAUUCAUUUAUGCACUGAUUGUUUUAAUAUGUUGAUUUUUUUUUAAAGUUUAUGAAGUACAAGAGAAAGGGCAUGCCUUUUUUAUUAUUAUUAUUAUUAUUUUAUUAUUAUAAUGCAGUAUAUUUUGAAAGAUUUAUAUUAGUUAAAGGUUUAUUUACAGAUAUCUUUAUUCCAGUAGAGCGCACUUUAUGCAUCUUUCCAUAAUUCUUCCGUAGUCAGAGGCAAGACAAAGAUCACAUUUAUUUACCUUUAGGUUUGUGUUACAGAUGACAUUGUAGGGCACAUAGUGCUUUGUUCUGUAGUGACUACUCUUUGGUUACAUGAAGGAUCUGGGAACUGUGCAUCUCCCAUAUAUCCAGGCCAUUAUGGGAACCUAAGCAGUUGCCUAGCACACUAAUGCUUAGGGGUGCCUAAAACACUGAAUGAUAAUGUCACUCAUCCAGAUGCCCCUGCCACGCACACACACAGAGUACAAGCCGCUGACAUAAGGAGAGGCAGCCAACAGCUUCUUCCAAGUUACAUUGCUGGCUGUUGCUCCUCCUUGUCAGUGUUAUGCUAGGAGCUUGGUGCUUGGCUGUGAUGUCCAAGCCAAGGACCACACUUCCAGCCAAGCAUGCCGCCCACACCACUCCCCCGCCAAGGUCAGAAGCAGCAUAGAUGGGAUAUUGCUCCUGAGGUAGGAGGUGCCAUCUCAGAGUGAGUGAGGGGAGGCACCUCAGAGUGGGAGAAGGCGUUACAACAGAGCCCCCCAGAGCUUGCGCUGUCCCUUGACAUAUACACUUAUUAAAAAAUAUAUCUGUAGUCAGUUCCUAUACACAAUAAAAGCAGUCUCAGUACUCGUCUACUGCUAAUGACUAAGGAAUGAGCCACAAAGGGAUUCACCAGUCAUGUCACUAUGAAUUAUUGGUACAGCCCAAAAACUGCUGUGUAACUGUGUGUAGAAGACAAGUGCAUAUGUCUCUAAAGCAUGGAGGGCUCAUUAUAUAUUCAUAAUAUGAAGCUACUUAUAUGGUCUGUUACAGUUGUGUACACUGUUUAUGUUUUUGUUGUGGUUUACACCAUUCUUCCAAGUGUAAUGUGCAGAGAAUGCAAAUACUGUAUGUAGGUUUUAAUAUAAAGUAUAUAUUAUUAACAGCCUACAAUAUUUCUGCUCAGUUUGAACAAAGUCUUAUAAAGUUUUAUUGUGAAGUCUUGAGCAUUGCUUCUUGUCUGCGAGCCAUACUGAGUAAGAGAGAAAGAGAGACCACUGAGGUACAGGGCAGUGAUUAUAUACUGUAGGAAGGGUGGAAACUCUGAAACAUGAGGCCAGAGAUGAGUGGCAGCGGGGUAGCAUUCCGGUCACACUCCACCUCCUACUCGCGAGUGUCCAGGGUGAGAGAAAUGAACCUCAUGUAACAACAAAAUGUACCCAGGUAAUAUAACACUAUGCCCCACUAUGCACACCAUUACAGAUGGUCUGUAUCCUCAGCAGAUGCCCGUAAUUACUUAUCUCUUCAUAUAGUGAUAGCACUCAUCCUAUGAUCACUGAGACAUUGUCAUAGGGUGCAUUGUUCUUGAAUGGGCGUUUUUGUCACAUUUACAGCUAUGUUUAUACCUCUCCAUGCAGACAUUUCUCUCUCUAGUUCCAGUACGGUGGUUGUUAGAAGAUGCAGAAUACAAGGAGCAUUUAUCUUGGCCCUGGGUAAAUGUAAUAACCCUGCGACUCUCCUGUUGUUGUGGGACUACACAUUCCAGCAUACUAUGGCAACCAGGCCAUUAGUAUGGUGUGCUGGUACAUAUAGUUCCACAACAGCUAGAGAAGCUUAGAUUUCCUAAGCCUUAUCUGAAUGUAAUCUCACGUACAAUCAGUGCAUUGUGUAAUUUAAUUGACACUAUGCUGAGCGGUACAAAAUGCGUCUUCUCUUAUGUCUGUAAUAUGGAAAUCCAUCAUAGUCUUAAUAACAUUACAUUAUGUCUUCCUGAUAAUCUAUAUUACACAUUUUCGGACACAUGGUUUGUAUUGGGUUUUGUAAGUUUCAAGUAGACAGGUGUCUCAGGAAUUCUCUACAUUAUGAAUGUACGGGCACCUCUGCCAGAUAUGCAGCUCUAGGUACAGGAGCACUGUACAACCGGAGGUACAGGAGCAGUGUACAACCGGUGGUACAGGAGCACUGUACAACCGGAGGUAAAGGAGCAGUGUACAACCGGUGGUACAGGAGCACUGUACAACCGGAGGUACAGGAGCACUGUACAACCGGAGGUACAGGAGCACUGUACAACCGGUGGUACAGGAGCAGUGUACAACCGGUGGUACAGGAGCAAUGCAGGGACGUGUGGCAAGCUAAAAUACUUAGGAGGCACUGGCUAGCACCAGAGCCCGAUUUACAUGCAAUAUAUGAGCCAAAAAGUUAAUCUGGACAUUAUACACAGGUGCAGCCGUAUAAACUCCUGGAAAUUUGAAGAGUUUUGAUUAAAGAUGUGUGGAAAAGGUACACAGGUGAGGCACUGCCUCACCUGCCAUAGACUUUUUUACUCCAGAGUUUUGACUAUAAAAAGAUUAGAAUAAUGCGAAGCAGAUAUUUCUAACAAAUUCUUUGUAUGUUUCAUAUACUUUAUAUAGUCAAAACUCUGGUCCGAACGUUAGUAUGAUAGGAAAGGCUCUGCCUCACCCCACCGCACCGCACGUUACUGGAGCAAUGUACAGCCGGAGGUACAGGAGCAGUGUACAACUGGAGAUAUGUUCAUGUAUCCUAGGUGUACAGCAUAUGUCAGCCAUAGACCUGACCUCUCAUGUCAUUCUCAUUAUGGUAAUUCAUACUUGUAUGUUGUUUAUUCAGAGUAAUCAUGACUGCGGUUUAUCAAACACAUCACAGGAGCUUUCUGUACACGCUGACUCUAAUAUUGCUUUUCUUCAAUAGGCUGCAUUCAGUUACUGUACACAGUUCCGCUCAGAAAACACAAUCACAGUGUGUUACCAAUCAAAAGAAAUAAUGCUUUUAGCUCAGCGGUAUAUACCAAAAAUGGUUUUAAUAUUUUUUUUACUUUAUUGACAUUAUAACACUAAAAUAUCUGUCAGUCCAGCAAUGUUGAUUCAUUAAAUGUCUAUAAAUAAAUAUAUGUGUUUUUUAAUUACACUGCAUGCUGCAAUGUUAUUAAAAGAAACAUUGAGAAUAAAAACGUUAAUACAAAUUCAAUUGUCGUGUGUUGAAUGUUGAUAACCACUGUAUUUGAAUUGUUGCCCAAAUAUUCUAUUGAUGCUAGCAGGGGUGCUAAUUGGUGCGGAUCUCCAUGGCUUUGCCAGCACAAUGUCCUGCCUGUAUACCAAUAAAAUACAUAUUAUAAA